AACAGCAGUGAGCAUGGAUGAAUCGGAUGAAUAGAUUAGAUCAAGGGAAAACCGUAAAUAUUCCAGCGGUCUGUUUGGACGUGGAAGGGCAUGUCGAGUUCACACAGCUGUCUGGUUAAACUAUGCUGGAUCGGGAUCUGAAUUCUGGGUAGUUUAGUUCAGACAAUGCGGUGUUCCUUUAAGGGGACUCGCUAGCACAGCAACGGGAGCACAGAGGAUUCAGAGCAGAAUGGAUGGAAAUAUUAGGGCUGUACCCCACUUUUCUUUACGAUCGGACCGGAUUAUACUGAAUACUAGCUUGUGAUUAAAGAAACUUGAUCCUCAAUCGAGUUUUAUUCACAUUAAUACAGCACAAGAUGCGCUACUUGAUCUAAAACUGAGCGUAAAUAGAUUCCGCUUUAUUGGAUUCUUUAGGAAGGAUGUCAUCGUUCACCCUGGAUCUGUGAUCACACCGACCGCCCUGCUGCUCCUCCUCACCCCCCUGUCAGUCCUCCACGAUCAUGGGCGAUCUAAGUCAAUCCAACGACUGGAAAAAGACCUUCAUUGUUCCUGCCAUCAAAUCUGUCGAUCAUUAUGACUUUAACAAAGCUAAAAUGCGCGCAAGCCUUGAAUGGCUGUUGGCCAAAGCUUUUGGUACAGACAGCAUCGCAAAUGACCUGCAGGAUCCGUUUUACACAGACCAGUACGAGCAGGAGCACGUGAAGCCGCCGGUGGCUGAACUGCUGCUCUCGGCUGACCUGUACUGCCGCGCAGGAAGCCUCAUCUUAAAAAGCGACGCUGCCAAACCCCUGCUGGGUCAUGACGCCGUCAUUCAGGCUCUGGCACAGAAAGGCUUGUAUGUCACCGACCACGAGAGACUGGUCACGGAGAGGGACCUGUGCAGAAGACCCAUUCUGAUGAGUGCCCACCUGGCGAUGAUUGACACUCUGAUGAUGGUGUAUACGGUGGAGACGGUGAGUGUGCAGAAAGUGAUGGUGUGUAUGCAGCAAUACUCCACAGACUGCGCUGACAAUGACGUACCCUAUGACACUGAGGAUGCCGUCAUCAGCUGGAUGAAUAAGGUGAAUGAAUACUUGAAAGAGAUCAUCAUCCUUGAGCAAAGGAGAGAGGAAGCGCAGAAGGCGGAACCUGUUGAGAUUCCAAAGUCCCCAACCAAAUGGUAUAUGAAGCUGGUUCCUACACGCUACAGAAAGGAGCAGACCUUGCCUAAAGCAAUACCCUGGAUCCCCCCGGUGGACAAUCUGCUGAAGGACAGUACGGACGGCUGUGCUCUGGCUGCCAUGCUGCAUUUCUUCUGUCCCGACCUCGUUAAAAUAGAGGAUUUGUGCCUGAAGGAAACCAUGUCACUGGCAGACAGAUUGUACAACCUGCAGCUCGUGCAGGAUUUCUGCCAACAGCACCUGAACAACUGCUGCCACUUCAGUCUGGAGGACAUGCUCUACGCCUCUUCUUCCAUCAAAAAUAACUACCUUGUGUUUAUGGCUGAGCUCUUUUGGUGGUUUGAAGUGGUAAAGCCAUCGUUCGUCCAGCCUCAGGUUUUGGUCAAUGAAGGACCUGCUCCAUUGCUAAAGGAUGUGCCAUCUGUGCCCAUCUCAAAAGUCACGAAGAGAAGCUUCAUGGAUAGACCUCCAAGUCCAGACAGACCAAGUCUCCCACUACGACCACAACCGUGUAAAUCAAACUCAGGUGGGAUCAGACGCUCAUCCUCCAUGUCGUUUGUUGACAGCUUUUUAGGGACGUGGCCCAAGGAGAGGAGAUCGGCUGCUGAGGGAGUGUCAUUUGACAUCCCAUUUGAUGAAGAAGACAGCCCUACUUCUACACCACCAAGCCGGGGAAUGACCAGGUCUGUAAGCACUGAGGGCUUUGGGCCCAAGGUAUCCCACGGGGCUAAAGGAAUGAAGCAAAACCUAUCCUUCCAGCCCAUCAUCGGCCAACACGUCAGGAUUGAGGAAGAGGGCUGUCCGGACUCACCGUUAGGAACAGAGCACAGUGGUUUGAAUGGCACAGAAUCACCUAGCAUUGAAGAAGCCCUGAAAAUGAUUCACAACUCGGACAAGCAGCAGCCGGUUUCCAAAGCUGAAGCAGAAAGUCAGGGCUUCUUCCUUCAUACUCAGGCUAAAGGAGAGCCACAUUCAAAAGCCCAAGCUGAAGAAGAUCUGAACUCGCUUUCAGAAACUAAAGACCUUUUGAGCUCUUCAGCUACAGAGAUGGACACCGGCAUCCACAUAAGAACAGAAGACAUUCAGGAGACUCUGGACGAAGACUCAUCUCUCAGAGACUGCACAAUGAGUAUGGAACUAGAUACAGACCAGUACUCUGAGACAAGAGCAUGUCACAGCCAGGAUUCCACCAGUCCAUGUCCCAGCAGCCUUGGCACCAAGUCACCUGUUCCUGACACUCCCACCACAUCGUCCAUGCCUGGCGUCAAGAUGACCAACUUUGCAGAGCAAAAAUUCAAAAAGUUCAAUCCUCAAUCCAGUGCCGAGGUCAGAGGAGGCAGCUCUCGGGGGACCACGCCUGAUAGUUCGGACCUCAACCUUUCUCAUUCCGUCUCCUGGGCCCCCUCACCGGAAGUGAGCCCUGUCCACCAGCCAUUAAAGGAUCCCGCCCAAGCCAUGGCUGCCGAAAUGGUCGAGCUCCGUAUGCGCCUGGAGGAGAAGCGGCGUGCCAUAGAGGCUCAGAAGAAGAAGGUCGAAGUCGCCUUUGCGCGUCACAGGCAGAAGAUGGGACGCAGUGCAUUCCUCACAGUGGUCAAGAGAAGAAAUGAGAACACCGCGCCAAUCCAGGAGGAUACCACAAGCUCAGGUGAUACCAAGACAGCACCUGAGACCAGAAAGUCUCCUGUAGUGUCUCCUGUAAAGUCUCCUGUUAAGUCCCUUGGCGAUGACGGCACCUCUGAGGCUGACCUACUGGAGUACACUCGCUCCAUCGAGAAGCUCAACACUUCUCUGAACUUCUUGCAGACCGAGAUGCAGCGGUUGGCACAGCAGCAGGAGAUCAUCAUGCAGAUGCGUGAGCAGCAGGCCUGGGUCGUUUCUACACCAAAGCCUUCCCCACAGAAACAGGUCCGGGAGCUCAGGGGAAGUGGGACUCGCUCGUCAGGCCCACCUUCACCUGCUGACUCCCCGUGUGUCACCCAUCGCUCCCCAACUAACAUCAAAAGGAAGUCAGCGUCCUUCCACUCCAAGACCCCACGGACUCCCAGGCCUACAGAGUUAAAGAUUGCUCCGUGUAACCGGGUUCUUACUGUUCCUCAGUCUGUGGACAGCAUUCCUCGUCUGAGAAGGUUCUCUCCAUCGCAGUCUGUAUCUAGCUCUUUUGCGUACUUUGGGACUGACCCAAGGUCUCUAUCGGGUGCUGACAAAGAUGACGUGACUGCUCCUGAGCCCUUUAGCACCGAAGGUUCUGCUGGUGACCUCGCUUCACCCAACAAAGACGUACAACAGCCUGUAAAGGAAUCAGAGAAAGGGACGGAUGGACAGAACAGUGUGCUGGAAAAUAAAGAAAAAGAUGAUACAAAAGAACUGGAGGAAGAAAUUAAGCCCACGGUGGAAUCCAGCGUCUCAGAGGUGCUGUCACAAGCUGUGAAAGAAACCGUCAUAGUAACACCGACCGAGAAGCCGGUCGACAAUGCUAAUCAGAGCAACAAAAACCUGAUCGAAGUGCCACUGUCAGACUUAAAGCCUUUUGAUGAACUGGAAUUGGAGGAGAGUGGGGAGAGACCGACAGCCAGUGAGAACCUUGACGAGGACCAGAAGAUGUGCUGUGGGUUCUUUUUUAAGGACGACAUGAAAGGGGAGGACAGCAUGGCCCUGAAGCGAGCUGCCCUCCUGGAGAAGAGGCUGAGGAGAGAGCGGGAGACUCAACAGAGGAAGCAGCAGCUUGAGGCUGAGCUGGAACAAAAGAAAGAAGAGGCCAGAUUGAAGGCGGAGGAGGAUCGGGUUAAGAAGGAGGAGGAGAAGGCCAGGCGGGAUUUCAUCAAGCAGGAGUAUCUGAGAAGGAAGCAGCUCAAGCUCAUGGAGGACAUGAAUACGCUGGUGAAGGCUCGGCCUGCCACGGCUAAGCAGAAGAAACCGCGACCCAAGUCGUUUCACAGGGACCUAGUUGAUUCUCCCAGGACCCCUGUUAGGGCGACACCAGGUUCACGACCUCGUGUUUUUUCAGUGUCCAGUAUCUCACUGGCCUCUCUCAAUCUUGGAGACACUGACAGCGUUAUAUCUGAAAAAAGAACACCCAGGCCGGACUCAGCUGACAGCUUCCUGUCUCCUUCUCUGUCUGGGAGCCAUAAUGAAGAAAAGGACUGGGAAAAUGCAUCUACCACCUCCUCUGUCACUUCAAUCACUGAGUACACAGGUCCCAAGCUGUACAAAGAACCGAGUGCAAAGUCAAAUAAGCAUAUUAUUCAGAAUGCUCUGGCUCAUUGUUGUCUGGCUGGAAAGGUCAACGAAGGGCAGAAGAACAAGAUCCUUGAGGAAAUGGAAAAAACAGACGCCAACUGCUUCCUAAUCCUCUUCCGGGAUUCGGGCUGCCAGUUCCGUGCCCUCUACACGUACUGCCCGGAAACAGAACAGAUCAACAAGCUGACAGGCAUUGGUCCCAAGAACAUCUCGCGCAAGAUGAUCGAUGGCCUGUACAAGUACAACUCGGACCGGAAACAGUUCAGCCGUAUCCCGGCCAAGACCAUGUCUGCCAGCGUGGACGCCGUUACCAUCCACAGCCACCUGUGGCAGACCAAGAAGCCCGGGACACCGAAGAAAGUGGCACCUAACAAGUCCUAACACAUUUCAGUAGUGUUCCUGCUCUGAAUUACCAACCUGCAGGAACACAAAUGAAUUCAAAUAAUGCACU